CCCCCCCCCCUCAUCUCUUCGUUGUGUCCCUUCGGGCUGCCGCCAUCCUCUGUUACCCUCUCACCCCUGGAACCCACACUCAAUCCGCCAUGUCCCGCCUCCAGCAGCUGUCGCGGCAGUACAUGCGACACCAUUCGUUCAAGGUGUUUGUCCUGGCCACGCUUGGCACCACGCUGGCCGGCCUGGCGGCCAGCAACCAUUUAUACACCGGCCACCGGAUCUAUGGCGCUCGGUCGCACAUUGAUCGGGUUCACGACCGCCUUGUGGCGCCGGCCGAUGAGGACGAGUUCCACAUGAUGACAUACAUCCUGGGGCGGACGUCGCGGUACACCGGCCUGGCUGGCGAUGGCCUGGAUAUGGUUGAUUGGGCGGCCAUUGGCAUCCGGCUGAACCAUGUCCGGCUGGGGAUCUAUGCCGCCCAUGCGUACUACGUGUCGGAGCUGCUGGGUGACAAUCGGCCUGAGAUUCUGCGCGAUUGGCGCCAUCAGGCCCUUUUCACCUAUGUCGCCCGCAAGGAGGAGAUCAACGAGGAUGAUAUCCUGCCACCGGUGAAGUCCGGGGCUACGGGGAUGUAAGUGCCUUGCUGCGUCGCGCCUGUCGCGCCUCCCUCCCUCCUCUGCCCCUGGUGCGCAAGUGAAGGGCAUGCGCGCGGACCCACCACCCACAGAGGUGGCCAAAGAAAAUAAAACCAUACAUAGACCA